AGAUGGUGUAAGCUCACCUAACAAAAUCUAACCUCAAACUUCUAUUUUCCAAUAAAACUCCUUUUUUUUAUUAAAAAUGAGUAUAAUUUCUGCUUUAUCCAGGCUUUCCUUAAAACAACCAAGUCGAAUACCUGUUCUGAUAAGCCGAUAUAAAAUAGAAAAUAAACUCUUCUUGCAUACAACUCCAGCUCUUUGUGCUGAACCUUUGAAAAAGAAGAAAAGGCUUGACCCCGCCGUUAUUAAAGCAAGGGAUGAUCGUAAAAAGAAAAGAAUUGAGAAACAAAUUCGUAAACUUGAAAAAAAUGCGAGGCAAUUAAAACCGAUUGAGGAACUUGAGAUUCCUAUGGUGAUAAUUGAUCAUAAAAAAGAGAGGUAUCGUAAAUCGCCUGCUUUAACAGCAGAAACUUUGGAAGAAAGAAUUUUAUUAGAAAAGCAAUGGUCGCAGUUUAAAAAACAAGAAUAUGUGAAAGACUUAAAAAUGUUAGACCGUAUUGCUUAUUCGCAACAAAAAGCUUUGGAUGAAUUGCGAAAAGAAUCGGAAGAAUUGUAUCAAGAGGCAAUACAACCUGAUUUACAAUUAAUUCCCUAUGGGUUUAUUGGACCAGUGGAAACUCCUCCAAUUGAGGGUUAUAAUGCACCAGAUGGUGAUUAUCAAGAUGUAUCAAAAAAAUGGGAAUAGAAACAAUUUAAUACAAUAAAUGUUUAGAUUUAAUAAAAUAAUAUUAAAAAAAAAGUAGUUUUCUG